ACAGGUUUUCAGUGUCACAUUUAGAGAGCGUAUAGACCAUGAAGGAGGAGAUUGCUGCUGCUGUGUUCUUUGUUGCUCGGCUGGUGAAGAGAUAUGGCUGUCUGGAUACCGACGGCAGGGAGCGCUUCGCUGCUGCCCUCACCUCUGUUCUGUUUGAGAACUACAAGAACCACUGGCACCCGAACGCACCAUCCAAGGGACAGGCCUACAGGUGUCUCCGUAUGAACUGUGUGCGGCUGCAGGACCCGGUGUUGCAGCAGGCCUGCGGGCAGAGCGCCGUACGAUACGAGGAUCUGGGCCUUCCACAGGAGAUGACGGUGUGGGUCGACCCCGGAGAGGUGUCCUGCAGGUACGGUGAACAAAGCUCUCCAUUCUGCGUCUCAGUGGUGGACAGCUAUCGGCGUGGGGAUGGGGAAUUCUCCCGCCGCAUCAACGAAGCCGUGGAGCGUGCAAGCCUUGACGUCAAAUCGGGAAGCUCUUCAGACGAGGAGGACGUGGUCGGAGACAACAGCAUGAGUAACCACAGCCUGAGUAACCACAGCAUGGGCAACCAAAGCAUGAGUAACCACAGCAUGAGCAGCUGCAACCUCUCGGCCCUCUGCCCGGCUCCAGUCCCGCCCGCCAACCUUGAGCCCAAAAGCAUCCCGACUGUCAGCAACCCCAACAGCGUCUACCAGUUCAGUGAGUUUUCUCCAGGCGCCCCUCAGACAUGGCUCAGGGACAAGCGGAAGGCCUUCGCUGUGGAAGCGUUCCCACCUCCUCAUCUUCCUCCCCCGGUUGGAGGUCCGACCUCCCAGCUCUCCACCCAGAGAGGCUUCAAGGCUUCCUAUCGAGCCACGUUCACCUUCAGCGGGCCUCGUGUCGACAAGUACCACUGGGUCAGCAAAUCCCGAUAGGCCGAGCCUUGGUGUCGGCUCAAAGCAUCAGAGCACCCCGUUUGUGUGG